UCAAUCUUGCUAACCUCACCAUAUCAAUUAAGUCUUCCCUCGUGUGUGAGUACUUCAGAAGAUUCCAAUCUGUUUGGAUCAAUUAAUUACACGUCUCUACGUAAUUUGCUUAACCAAUAAUGAGACCAUCAGAUCAUCACCACUUCAUCCUCCUCCUCCUCCUCCUUCUAACAUUCAUACAAACCCUAUGUAACGGCGCAGAUGUAAUAAACACGACUCUCACGUUGAGAGACGUCGACAAUGGCGAAACACUGAUCUCAUCAGAUGGAAGCUUCGAGUUAGGGUUCUUCUCACCAGGCGAUUCCAAGAAUCGAUACUUGGGCAUAUGGUACCGGAAAAUAACCGCCUUCACCGUCGUCUGGGUUGCCAACAGAGACAGCCCACUCACCGGCGGCGGCGGCGGCGCUGUGUUGAAGGUCGUUCAUCCCGGAAUGUUGACUCUUGUCAACGCUACCAAUUCCGUCGUAUGGUCUUCCAACAGGUCGCGUGUCGCACAAUCGCCGGUGGCCCAAUUGCUCGACACCGGAAACCUUGUCGUCAGAGAAGCAAACGACGAUAACCCAGAUAACUACCUCUGGCAAAGCUUCGAUGAACCGACGGAUACGCUCCUACCCGGUAUGAAACUCGGACAUCUUGCAACAGGCCAUGAGAAUUACCUCUCGUCAUGGAAAUCCAGUGACGAUCCAAGCACCGGAUCCUACAGUCUCCACAUAGAUCCGACGGGUUAUCCCCAAAUGAUCCUCAAAAAGGACUCCGGCGAAGUGUCCCGGGCAGGGCCGUGGAACGGGUUCGGGUUCAGCGGGUUUCCGGGUCUGAAAAACAACUCAGUCUACACUUUCGACUUAAUCAUCAGAGGCAAGGAGGUGUAUUACCAUUACAACCUCCUGGACCGGUCGACAAUAACCCGGCUCGUGAUGAACCGGAGCGGCAUCACGCAGCGCUGGGCCUGGGUCGACCGGAGUCAAGGAUGGGUAACGUACCUCACGGCGGGGACGGACAACUGCGAUACUUACAACAUGUGCGGCGCCGCCGGCAGCUGUAAUCUUAAUAGCUCUCCUAUAUGUGAUUGUCUGCCGAAGUUUACUCCGAAGUUUCCGGGGCCUUGGGCGGCGGGAGGUUGGAAGGACGGCUGCGUCCGGCGGACGCCGCUGGAUUGCAGAACGGAUGGAUUUGUGAAAUAUUCAGAUUUGAAACUGCCGGAUGCCAGAAAUUCGUGGUUUAAUACAAGUAUGAGUCUGCCAGAAUGUAAAUUGGUCUGUCUGAAGAACUGCAAUUGUACGGCUUAUACGAAUUUGGAUGUAAGAAAUGGGGGGAGUGGGUGUUUGCUUUGGUUCGAAGAUUUGCUCGACCUCAAACAGGUUUAUGGAGGUGGACAGGAUAUCUUCAUCAGACUUGCUUCUUCUGAAUUAGAUAAUAUUACUGUUGGAGAUUCGAGGAAAAGCAAAAAACGUACUGCCAUCAUUGCGAGUUUUACUUCAUUGGCUGCUGCAAUAGUUCUCAUGGCUCUCUGCCUGGGUAAGAAAAGGGUAAUUUUGAUGAAGUUGAGGAAAGGAGGUAAGGAAACUCCAAGCUCAAAAGACUGGCGGAAAGAAGAUGAUAAAGACUUAGAGCUUCCAUUGGUGGAGUUGCACAAAAUAUCUAAAGCUACCGACAACUUUUGUGAAAGCAAUAAGUUGGGAGAAGGUGGAUUUGGGCCAGUCUACAAGGGGACGAUGGAAGAUGGCCAAGAAGUUGCUGUCAAGAGGUUAUCAAAAACAUCAUUGCAAGGACUAUAUGAAUUCAAGAACGAGGUUGUAUGCAUCGCCCGGCUUCAGCACCGGAACCUUGUUAAGCUUCUAGGAUGUUGCAUCCAAGGAGAGGAAAAAAUGUUAAUCUAUGAGUACAUGCCCAACAAAAGCCUCGACUUGAUCUUAUUCGAUGAGACGAGGAGCAAGCUACUUUAUUGGCCCAAGCGCUUUCAAAUCAUAACUGGGAUUGCAAGGGGGCUUAUGUACCUUCAUCAAGAUUCGCGAUUGAGAAUAAUUCAUCGGGACCUAAAACUUAGCAACAUAUUGCUGGAUGCGGACAUGAACCCAAAAAUAUCCGACUUUGGCAUGGCUAGAAUCUUUGGAGGGAAUGAAACAGAGGCCAAUACAAAUAAAGUUGUCGGAACAUAUGGAUAUAUGUCGCCGGAGUACACCGCCCAUGGCCUGUUUUCGGUAAAAUCAGACGUGUUCAGCUUCGGCGUGAUAGUGUUGGAAGUUUUGAGCGGACAAAGAAACAGAGGCUUUUCCCACAAAGACCACCCCCACAGCCUUCUUGGACAUGUUUGGGUACUCCACAAAGAAGACAAGUCCCUGGAAGUAGUUGUGGAGAGUGUCCUGAAGUCGUGCUCGUCGCCUGACGAGGUGGUUAGAGUGAUCCAGAUAGGGCUGCUUUGCGUGCAAGCGUAUCCGGAGGAUAGGCCGACCAUGUCGUCGGUGGUGUACAUGCUGGAGAAUGACGUGGCGCUGCCUCCGGCGAGACAACCUGGUUUCUUCAUGGAAGGUGGUGCCUUUGUCAAUGAUUCUUCUGUCAGCACAAAGGGAAGUUCGAAGAAUGAAAUCACAGUCACAAUGCUGGAGCCGAGAUAGAGAGCAUUCGAUGUAUGUGAGGCUGAGUAAAUUAAAGAAUUAUUACUGUAGGGUUUUUGGAUCCAAAGUAAAAGUCAGCACCAAAAAUAUAUAAAUGAAUUGAAUAGCUUUUAUUCCAAAACACAUACUGAAAUGAACAAACACAAACGUAUGUUCGUCGCCCUUUACAUGUUCAGAUA